AUGUUUGGUCGUAGCCCACCGAACCUUUUGGCCUACUGUCUUGGUGCUUCCACCAACGAAGUUGUUGCCGCUACUCUCACUGAGCGCAUGUCCCUCAUGCACACAUUAAAAGAAAAUUUGUUCAGAGCUCAACAAGUGAUGAAAGCUCAAGCUGAUAAAAAGAGAAAAGACUGGAACUUUACCUCAGGGGACUUAGUCCUUGUCCGUUUGCAACCGUACCGACAGCUGUCGGUUAACCGCCGGUCUUCGCAAAAGUUGGCGCUACGGUAUUACGGUCCCUUUGCAGUGGACGAACGUGUCGGGUCUGUGGCUUAUCGUCUUCAACUCCCAGCCACCGCACGGAUCCACCCUGUUUUCCACAUCUCCCUACUGCGACCCUUCAGAUCUGGCCGAACAUAUAAGGUUCACUCCUUUCCCACAUCUGUUUCUGACAACCCUCUGCAACACCAUCAUCUGGCCAUCGUCGGAUCCAGACACAUCUGGCGAAAGGGAGUUUUGGUACCUCAAGUGCUGGUGCAGUGGAAAGAUCUACCUCCAGAAGAUUCCACGUGGGAGGAUGAGACUGACUUGACCAUGCCAGGGACUCAUACACGAAACAAGGAACAGCAACCAGUCAGCCGGGGAUCCACAGCGUCUGCAGCUAAGGGGAACAACCAAACGACUCACCACCCCCACGACACAGAGAAAGAAGGGACUAAAGAAGAAGACCUGGGACGAGUAAUAGGGAAGACCGUCGCUUUGAAUGAGGUUAAUGGAAAGCAAACCACUCUCCUCGAAAACUCACUUAUGUCUGGGGACUUUAACUCAAGUGGCCAGUAUCUACCCCUUGAUUCGCUCCCUACUGCAACGGCUGUGAUGCAUCCUCAGGUGUCGGUGCAAUCUCAACCACACUUGCACGCAACUGGUUCCCAGUUGGCACCCAUUUUGCAUUCCCAACCAACGGCUAUUAAUCAGCCCACGUUGACUGCUCCUUCAACACCGUUGAUUGUGCGCAACAACUGUUUCCCUUCAACGUCUGUGGAAGACCACAAGUCUUUGGACCCUCUGGAAGCUUCACCCAUUUUACCUACCCAAGUUGCUGACACGUAUCCUAGACUUGAGGACAAGUCUAAUUUGGAUGGGUGGGGUGAUGUAACGGGCUCUAGGGCUGGUGAAGACCUUAAUAUAAAGAAGCCCAAUCGAGGAAGAGCAACUAAGUGUCCAGCAUAUUUGAAAGACUUUGAGCAUAACAACCAACUAGAAAAUAAAAAUCACAAUUGUGAAUUUUCCUGGCAGCCUGGUGGAAAUUCCUCAGAUGGAUUAAAAGCUAUUGAUGUAGAUCCACGCCUGAUAUUUCAUCAAGGGGUACCAUCGAGUGGUGCCAAGUUUGCCUAUGACAAGAUUCAGAACAUAUUGGCUCUUUCUACCAAGGAUGGACGGAUUAAACUAUUUGGAAAAGAUAAUGCCCAAGUCCUACUUGAAUCUAGUGAGUCAGUGCCUAGCAAGUUUUUAAAGUUCUUCCAUAACCAGGGCAUCCUUAUAAAUGUCACUCUCAAUAACCAUAUUGAGGUUUGGGACAUGGACAAGAAAGUGUUGGCCGAUGUGUACAUUGCUAAAGAAGAAAUCACUUGUCUUGCAAUCAUUCAACAUAGCCUCUUUAUGUAUGUUGGAGUUUCUAAUGGUAACAUUUCAGUUUUGAAGUUUGAUCAAGAACCAUGGCAUGUGGUACAUAUGAAAUACACCAUACCCCUCUUAGCUUCUUAUGGGAAUUCAAAUGAAGUGUCUGAUGACACUGUUGUGACACACAUAUUGCCUCAACCAGAAGCCGAAAGUAAGAGAGUUCUUAUAAUCUUUAGAAAUGGCCAAAUAACAUUAUGGGAUAUUCGAGAAAGCAAAUCCAUAGUCAGAACUGGUGGAAAUAUGUCACAACCACUGUAUAAUGAAACAAAGAAAGUGUCUUCUGCGUGUUGGGUGUGUCCUUUUGGAAGUAAGGUGGUUGUAGGGUACAACAAUGGAGAGCUCUUCAUUUGGAGCAUCCCUUCUCUAAACAUAGGAACUGGUUCAGCAUUUAAUUAUAGUAAUCAAAACACUCCUAUGUUCAAACUUAACUUAGGAUAUAAAUCAGACAAAACUUCCAUUGGAUCACUAAAAUGGAUUUAUUCUGAAGGAAAGGCUAGUCGACUAUAUGUCAUGGGAGCUUCGGACUACGCCCCUUCAAACUUGUUGCAGGUAGUGUUGUUGAAUGAGCAUACCGAAUCUCGAACUAUAAAGUUGGGACUUCAUUUAUCUGAAAGCUGUAUUGACAUGGAGAUCAUAUCAACCUCAAGAGAGCAAAGCAAGCAUAAACUAAAUUCUUUCCUUUUGCUUGGGAAAUCAGGCCAUUUAUAUGUGUAUGAUGAUAGUUUGAUUGAAAAGUAUCUACUGCAAUGCCAGUCUAAGUCCACUCCCUCACUGCCAAAGGAAGUGGUUGUGAAGUUACCACUGCUAGAUUCAAGCAUCACAACAGCAAAAUUCAUCUCCAACAAUCCCAAUGUGUUUAAUUCUAAAGAUGAAUAUUACAGUCAGCUGGUCAAAAAUAAUCCACCAGUUAUUCCCAUUGAAACAAAUCACAAAGAUGGGAUUAACUUGACUUCUGCCAGCUUCACUGGUUUUUCAAACGUUAAAAACUUGUACAUAACUGGACAUAGCAAUGGAGCCAUAACUUUUUGGGAUGCGUCAUGUCCCUUUUUCACCCCAAUUUUGCAAUUAAAGCAACAGAGUGAAAAUGAUUUUUCUUUAAGUGGUAUACCCUUGACGGAAUUAUAUUUCGACAGCAACUCUCCUCUCCUUGUUUCUGGUGACCAGAGUGGAAUGGUUCGCAUCUUUAGAUUCAAACCUGAACCAUAUGCCUCCAACAGCUUCAUGUCUCUUACUGGAGGAACAAAGAAAGCGACUGAUCAUAUAAUCCAGAGUGUAAAACUUGUAAAGACUAAUGGUGCUGUAACUUGUAUGAACAUAGAUUACAGCUCAAGGCAUCUAGCUGUUGGUUCUGACCAAGGAAAUGUUUCAGUUAUCAACAUGGAUGGCCCAUCUCUGCUAUACCAGAAACAUAUUGCAAGUGAAAUGUCUACCGGUAUCAUCUCUUUGAGGUUCAUAACCUGCAAGUUGUAUGGUUUUGAGAAAAACAUUUUAGCAGUUGGAACAAAGGACUCAUCUAUUCUGGCACUAGAUAAUGAAACUGGAAACACACUGAGUGCUGGAACCAUUCAUCCUAAGAAACCCUCUAAAGCUCUAUUUAUGCAGGUGUUGGGUAAGUGUCUGCACAGAUCAAUUAUAAAAAAUGGCUUAGACUUGAGAGAAGGGAAUCUAGUAGAGGAUGCAACAACAAAGCAAUUAAACAUUUUGCUGUGUUCUGAGAAGGCUUUGUAUGUCUAUUCUUUUGUGCACGCAGUACAGGGAGUCAAAAAGGUGCUUUACAAAAAGAAGUUUCAUUCUUCUACCUGUUGCUGGGCAUCAACAUUUUACUGCCCCUCUGAUAUUGGUCUCGUACUCCUUUUCACCAAUGGAAAAGUAGAAUUAAGGUCUUUGCCAGAGUUAUCUCGGAUAGUGGACACUUCAAUUAGAGGCUUCACUUACUCUCCUCCAAAAUUGAAGUCAUUUUCUGAAAGCCAGAUAUGUUGUUCAUCCAGAGGAGAUCUUGUUUUUGUUAAUGGUUACCAGGAAAUUUUUGUUGUCUCAUUGCUGGUCCAGAGGAAUAUUUUCAGGCUUUUGGACUCUGUUAGCUGCAUUUACACGAAGGAAAGGAUGCUAUUGCAAGAAGAGCUUGUUCCUGGCCCGGUCAUCCACAAGGAAAAGAAAAAGGUAUUUGAUCUUGUUUUUGGGUUCCAGGGUAUAUUCGGCUCCGUUAUCAAAGAUUUUAGUAGCAGUAAAGGAAAGCAUGCACCCCUCAUGGAAAAAGAUCCUAAAGAAAGAAUCCGAGAACUCUCAGCAAUGUUUUCAAAUGCAAAUUUUCCAUGUAAUGCUAACAAUAAUGAUAACUCGACCGUGGAUGCAAAUCAGCUUGAAUUAUAUAUUGAUGACAUUGAUCUAGAGGAUGAUGGAGAAAAACGCAAAGAGCAAAGCAUAUUGGGAGCUCAGAAGAAAUUGGCUGGCAAAUUUCAGGUUCUGAAAGGAAGAUUGAAAGAGAUGAAGGGUAACAACCAGAAACCAUCAGAUAAAGAAGAGCAAAAAGAUGAGAAAGCUGGUGCGCUUGAUCAAAUUAAGAAGAAAUAUGGAUUUUCUUCUUCCUCCAGUGAAACAGGCGUGGCUACAUUGGCAGAAAGCAAGCUGCAGGAAAACACAAGGAAAUUGCAGGGUAUCAAUCUACGUACUACAAAGAUGCAAGAUACAGCAAAAUCAUUUUCAUCAUUGGCAAAACAAGUGCUGCGAACAGCUGAGCAGGAUAGACGAAGUUGAUAAGAGCUAUAGCUAAUCUAUUACACUUAGGUCAUAAAUUGUUUUAUAUUUUAGUUGCAUAUAUAUUCUAAUAAUAUUUUGUGUAUGAUAGUUCAUUAGUUUGUC